UCUGAGCUGGAUUCCAGCCCUGGGGAAGUGGGCUGAAGCCCACACAGGCUCAAGCCACCAGCUAUGCAGGAAGUACUCAUCCUGCUGCUGCUCCUGGAGGCCACAUCAGGAGGAGAGGCUCUGCACCUCGUCCACUUACCUGCCACCAGCAACGUGGCAGAGAAUUCUCACCCUGGGACUCUGGUGCACAAGUUUUCUGUGAAUUUAUCAGUGUCGUUGUCACCCGUGGUCCCAGGAUUUCCCCUGAUAAUCAACUCGAGUCCCCUCACAGAAGCCUUCAGGGUGAACAGGCUGUCAGGCACUGACUUUGAGGUUGUCACCUUUGGGAAGCAACCACUGGAUUUUGAAACAGGACCAAACGUAUUUGAUUUGCAGAUUUAUGUUAAAGAUGAGGUGGGGGUCACCGACCUGCAGGUCCUGACUGUUCAGGUGACAGACGUGAAUGAGCCACCUGAGUUCCAAGGCAACUUGGCGGACGGUUUAGACCUCUUCAUAUCAGAAAGAACAAACCCAGGAUUCAUUUACCAGGUCGAGGCCUUCGAUCCAGAGGACUCGAGACGCCCAGCUCCCCUCGGUUAUUCCCUGACUUCUCCCUCAAGGAGCUUCAGCAUGUCUGCUAAUGGCACCCUCUUCUCCACAACAGAACUGGACUUUGAAGCAGGACAUAGGAGUUUCCACCUCGUUGUGGAAGUGAGGGACAGCGGAGGCCUCAAAGCCUCCACAGAGCUCCGGGUGACCAUUGUGAAUGUCAAUGACGAGAUCCCUUUCUUCACCAGCCCGAAGCGAGUGUACUCCAUCCCGGAGGAGCUGGGUGCGGGAGCCAUCGUGGCCAAUGUCACAGCUGAGGACCCCGACAACGAGGGACGCUUUCCCGGCCACCUCCUGUACACCAUCACAACAGUCAGCAAGUACUUUGUGAUAAACCAGUUGACUGGUACGAUCCACGUGGCCCAGAGGAUAGACCGAGAUGCAGGUGAAUUAAGACAGAACCCCACCAUUUCUCUGGAAGUCCUGGUGAGGGACAGACCCUCUGGGGGCCAGGAAAACCGCGUCCAGAUAACCUUCAUUGUGGAAGAUGUCAACGACAACCCAGCUACCUGCAGCAAGCUCACCUUCAGCAUUAUGGUGCCGGAAACUGUGGCCAAUGGGACGUUGCUCCUGGACCUGAACAAGUUCUGCUUUGAUAGUGACAGCGAAGCCCCACACAACACAUUCAACUUCACGGCACCAUCUGGACUGGGCAGCAGCCGCAGAUUUUUACAGGAUCCAGCUGGCUCUGGGAAAAUCGUGUUGAUUGGUGAUCUAGACUACGAGAAUCUGAGCAAUCUAGCUGUGGGCAAUCAGUACACCUUGAUCAUCCAGGUGCAGGACGUUGCCCCUCCUUAUUAUAAAAAUAAUAUCCACAUAUGUAUCUUAACAAGCCCAGAAGAUGAGUUUCCUCUUGUCUUCGAGAGCCCAUCCUAUGUAUUUGAUGUGUCAGAGACAAGACCCGCUAGAACCCGGCUUGGACAGGUGCGGGCAAUGGAUGAGGACUUCCCCCAGAGCAGCAUCACGUACUCCAUCUUCAGUGGAGGGGCCAGCCCCCAGCAUCCCAAUAUGUUUUGGAUUAAUCCCAAGACGGGAGAACUCCAGCUGGUAACCAAGGCAGACCAUGAAACCACGCCCAUCUACACCCUCAGAAUCCAGGCCACCAAUGGCGAGGACACAAGCUCGGUCACUGUUACUGUGAACAUCCUUGGCGAAAAUGAUGAGAAGCCGGUGUGCACCCCCAACUCUUAUUUCCUGGCCAUCCCGGUGGAUCUGCAAGUUGGCACAAAUAUUCAGAAUUUCAAGCUCACGUGCACUGACCUGGAUUCCAGCCCCAGAUCUUUUCGUUACACCAUUGGCCCAGGCAACGUCAACAGUCACUUCACCUUCUCUCCCAGCGCUGGCUCCAAUGUUACACACCUGUUGCUUGCAUCCCGCUUUGACUAUGCUGGUGGCCUUGACAAGAUCUGGGACUACCAACUAUUUGUCUACAUAACUGAUGACAACUUGCUGUCCAGCAGGACGAGAGCUGAGGCUCUUGUUGAAACAGGAACAGUGACGCUGAGUAUUAAGGUCAUUCCACAUCCAACCACCAUCAUCACCACAACUCCAAGGCCCAGGGUCACCUACCGGAUCCUCAGGGAAAAUGUGUAUUCUCCGUCAGCGUGGUAUGUGCCUUUUGUCACCACUCUGGGCUCCAUAUUGCUCCUGGGCUUCGUGGUGUCGCUGAUCGUCCUUUUGGCCAAAGCCAUCCACAGACAUUGUCCCUGUGAGACUGGGCAGGACAAGAAGCCUUCGGCAAAGAAAGGAGCUACCGACAAGAAGCGUAUGAAGAGUACGGUGGUGAAAACUAUCCAGAUGGACACUGUCUUUGAUGGAGAAGCUGUGGACCCAGUGACUGGAGCAAUAUAUGAAUUCAACUCAGAAACAGGAGCCAGAAGGUGGAAAGAUCCAUCAGCCCGGAAGCCAGUGAGGAGAGAGCCCAGUGCCCUGGCUACUGUGCCUGCCCCACGCAGAGUUGCUGCUGGUGAAGGGUUGGGGCUGCCCGGCAGCACCACCCAGGAAGGAGAUGGGCUGAGCAGCAAAGAGCAUGCCCAGGGUGCAGGCCUGGGUGCCAGAAGCAAGGAUGGCAAGCCGUGCACUCCGAAGAUCAGAAACCCAGCCCUGGAGAACAGGGCACCCCCCAAAGCACAUGCAGGAAAGUGAACGAUGUGUGGUGCCAGGCCCUGCUCCACGGGCAGGGCUGGUCUGUAGGGGCUGCCUCCCCUAAAUCUCACAGGGGCAGAAGUGUGGGCUGAAGACAUGUGUACAGCUGGGGCAAAUGCAAUGUUUCAGAAAACAAAUUUUAAAACGGGAACUGUGUCUCGAGGCUCCGGACUACCCGUGCUUCUGAUCCACCAGGACUGCCAAGUUCUGGAUAUAGAAUUCCUGUUUCUUCUUUGCAUUGGCCACUAGGAAGCUCUCUUCAGCCCACCCAGGGAAGCACACAGGACCUCCUGAUCUUUGUACCUGGUUUCAUCUGGGCUUCUGUCCUUAUCUGAACACCCCCAGCUUCACUUACAAAUACCCUUGCAAGUCUUUCCCGAAAGCAGAGCAUGAAAGAAUGGAAGAGUGCUGAUGGGGUGCUCAUCUGGGAGAAAGAAGGCCCCCAGACACCCUCCUUUAUUCUUUUUCUGUUGAGGUGCAGCAUAUGGACUAAAAUGAGCAGAGCUAAGCUAUCUAACCAGACCCUAUGUAGAUGUCUCUCUGAGGUAAGCACUAUUCUGAUCUUUGUCCUCAUAGAUUGGUUUUGUCAUUUUUAAGAGUUCCAUAAAUGUAACCACUCCAUGUACACUUCUGUGUCUGGCUUCCUUUUGUGUCUGUGAGAUCUUUUCCUGUGGCACUGAAUAGCAGUGGUCCAGUUUUCUUCACCGCUGUGUCUGGUGCUGUUGGAAAAUUAUCCUGCAAUUUAUUUAUCUAUUCACUUGGGCGCUAUUUCAAUCUUUUUUACUGCCGUUAAUUAUGGUACUACAAACUUUGUCGUACUUGUACUUUUAACAUAAAUAUUCAUUGCUUCUGAACAUUUACCUGGGGGAGGGAUUGCUGAGGCAAUUGCUGGAUACCUCCAAGGAAUCCCAAGGUUUGGCUCCAGUUUGCACUUUAACAGCAUAAGACUGAGAGUUCUGUGUCCUCUGAUCUUUGCCAACAAGUAAGAUUCUCAGUUCUUUCACUUCAGCCAUCCUGGUUUAAAAUAUUCCUGAAGUGAAAUCUAUUUUUCUCAAAGCUGAAACAAUAGCAGCCUUACAACUAGCUGCCCUUCUGCCCACUCAGCCACCGGAGGGCCCCAGGACUCCGGGUGGAGACGCACUGGAAGGCACUGUCUGACCUUACACCUCAGACUUCCAAGGCCUGAAACUGAGACUGAAUGGUGUCCUCAUGGAACAGGAAAUGGCACUUUGUAAUGUGUGUCUCAGCAGAAAGAGAGCAAGCUCACCGCACCUCCCUGUCCCGCUCCCCACGUGCCGGGGCCCUGUCCAAGGACUACCAGAAAGAUCAGGUGAGAAUCUCUGGAGCAGCACCCGCUUACUGGCUGUGGAGGCGAGUGAGACAGCCCGGCCCAUAGCACAGGCAGGACCUGCCCUGCCAACAGACACCUGGGACAGGACACCUGCUUGUCUACCGUGUGCCUUCCCAGGGAAGAGAGACAUUUGUGAGAUGGCCUGUCUUGGCCUCUGUUGGGCAUGACAGUUUUUGUUUCGUUUUGUUUGAGACAGGUUCUUGCUAUGUAGUUCAGGC